UCAACCAAUCAAAUUAUAAUAUCAAGAAAAAUGCUUGCAUUUAAUUGGAGCAGCCCACAAUUCCACAGUAACCCAAGAAGCACCUGAUUCUGCCAAGUCAAGAGAGCCAAGUCUUUUUAUAUAUAUGCCUCCUCUGCUUCUUCACUCUCCUCCCUCCUACACAUUAACGUUCAACUCAUCUCUUGGAAAUUAAGCCUCUUCGUCCGUCUCAGAGCUGCUCUGGAAUCUUCAUCCCUGUAGUUUUUUUUCUUUUUUUUUUUCAUUAUGAGAUCAAGCAUGAUCCAUUAUGUGGGAUGUGAAGAUCAUUUCAACGAGCCCCACUUUCUUGAAUCUUGUUUUCUUUGCCGGAAACCGCUUGGAAAAAACAGUGACAUCUUCAUGUACAGAGGGAACACACCUUUCUGUAGCAAAGAGUGCAGGCAAGAACAGAUAGAGAUUGAUGAGUCAAAGGAGAAGAAAAGCUGGAAACUUUCUUCCUUCUUCUUCAUCAUCUCUUCUUCUUCCAAUAGAGCCAGCAGAAAACAAGACACCAAGGAUUCUACACCAAGCAAGACUGUACGGUCGGGUGCUGUUGUAGUGGCCUAGUUUCUACAAGGUGGCUGCAGAGGAUUAAUUAAUAGUGAUCUUUCCAUUUUUAAACAGGAAGAAAAGAACUUUCAUGUAAAAAAAAAAAAAAACAAAACAAAUAUGGGGGAAAAAGUGGGAUGGAUCUUGUAAAGGGAUGAAAUGAAGAUGGUGGAUGGUGGUGGGCAUGCAUGAGUGUGUGAAAAAGAAGCCCAUCUGUAGAGAGUUUUGUUUUGUUCCCCUUGGUGGAUGAAGAGCAUCCAAGUGGGGGGUGUAGGCUGGUUUUGUGUAAUGAGAGAUCUUUGUUUACUUUUUCCUCU